AUGUCCUUAAAGCCGCGGGUGGUGGAUUUCGAUGAGACGUGGAACAAGCUCCUAACGACAAUCAGAGCGGUUGUGAUGCUCGAUUAUGUGGAGAGAGCAACCUGGAACGACCGCUUCUCUGACAUAUAUGCGCUGUGUGUUGCGUAUCCAGAGCCUUUAGGGGAGAAACUGUACACUGAGACGAAGGUGUUUCUGGAGAAUCACGUCCGUCAGUUGUUCAAGAGAGUGCUGGAGUCUGAGGAGAAGGUUUUGGUGAUGUAUCACAGAUACUGGGAGGAAUACAGCAAAGGCGCUGAGUACAUGGAUUGCUUAUACAGGUACCUGAACACACAGUUUAUUAAGAAGAACAAGCUGACCGAAGCAGACCUGCAGUACGGAUAUGGAGGAGUGGACAUGAAUGAGCCCCUGAUGGAGAUCGGAGAGCUUGCACUGGACAUGUGGCGGAAGUUAAUGAUUGAACCCCUUCAACCGAUGCUGAUCGGGAAGCUUCUGAAAGAGAUCAAAAAUGACCGAUGCGGGGAGGACCCGAAUCAGAAAGUAAUCCAUGGGGUUAUCAACUCCUUUGUUCAUGUUGAACAGUACAAGAAAAAGUUUCCUCUAAAGUUUUAUCAGGAAAUCUUCGAGGGUCCGUUCCUGACGAAAACCGGCGAGUAUUACAAACAGGAAGCCUCCAAUCUGCUGCAGGAGUCUAACUGCUCCCAAUAUAUGGAGAAGGUUUUGGGCAGGUUGAAAGAUGAGGAGGUGAGAUGUCGGAAGUAUCUUCACCCCAGCUCUUACUCCAAAGUCAUCCAUGAAUGUCAGCAGAGGAUGGUGGCCGAUCACCUGCAGUUCCUGCACGGAGAGUGUCAAAAUAUCAUCCGGCAGGAGAAGAGAGACGACAUGGCGAACAUGUACACUCUCCUGCGGGCCGUGUCCAGUGGUUUACCGCACAUGAUCCAGGAGCUGCAGGUCCACAUCCAUGACGAGGGGAUCAGAGCCACCAUAAACCUCUCUCAGGAAAACAUGCCAACACUGUUCGUGGAGUCGGUGUUAGAGGUUCAUAGUAAAUUUGUCCAGUUGAUUAACACAGUAUUGAAUGGGGACCAACACUUCAUGAGUGCACUUGAUAAGGCCUUGACUUCAGUAGUGAAUUACAGAGAGCCCAAAUCCAUCUGCAAAGCCCCUGAGCUGCUGGCGAAGUACUGUGACAAUCUGCUGAAGAAAUCGGCUAAAGGAAUGACGGAGAACGAAGUGGAGGACAAACUGACCAGCUUCAUCACCGUCUUCAAGUACAUCGAUGACAAAGACGUCUUUCAGAAGAUUUACGCCAGAAUGCUUGCGAAGAGGUUAAUACAUGGGCUUUCGUUAUCGAUGGACUCAGAGGAAGCCAUGAUCAACAAGCUGAAGCAAGCGUGUGGUUACGAGUUCACGAGCAAACUGCACAGAAUGUACACAGAUAUGAGCGUCAGCACCGACCUCAACAACAAAUUCAACAACUUCAUCAAAACCCAGGAGACGGUAGUGGACCUGGGCAUCAGCUUUCAGAUUUACGUUUUACAGGCAGGUGCAUGGCCCCUCACACACGUCCCCUCGUCCACGUUUGCGAUCCCGCAGGAGCUGGAGAAAAGUGUACAGAUGUUUGAGUUGUUUUAUAACCAGCACUUCAGCGGCAGGAAGUUGACCUGGCUACAUUACCUCUGCACAGGUGAGGUAAAGAUGAAUUACCUGUCUAAGCCGUAUGUGGCGGUGGUGACCACCUAUCAGAUGGCGGUUCUGCUGGCGUUCAACAACAGCGAGACUGUGAGCUAUAAAGAACUGCAGGACAGCACACAGAUGAACGAGAAAGAGCUCCAGAAGACCAUCAAAUCUCUGCUCGACGUCAAGAUGAUCAGCCACGACCUGCAGAAAGAGGAGAUCGAGCCUGAAUCCACUUUUUCCCUAAUUAUGAGUUUCACCAGUAAAAGAACAAAGUUCAAGAUCACAACAUCGAUGCAGAAAGACACACCGCAGGAACUGGAACAGACGAGGAGCGCCGUGGAUGAAGACCGGAAAAUGUAUUUACAGGCUGCUAUAGUCAGGAUCAUGAAAGCCAGGAAAGUCUUGAGACACAACGCCCUCAUACAGGAGGUAAUCAACCAAUCCAAAGCGAGAUUCAACCCGAGUAUCAGCAUGAUCAAGAAGUGCAUUGAAGUUCUUAUCGACAAGCAGUACAUCGAGCGAAGCCAGAGCUCUGCGGAUGAGUACAGCUAUGUGGCAUAAAACCAUAUUAAUUUAAUAAACAACAAAAGAAAAGCGCCGUAAAGCGAGAACGGUAAACGUUUGUUUUAUUUUCGGCUCCGGCACUCAACCAUCGGAUUGAAUCGGGACUCUGUGCCUCCAUCUUUGUUCAAAAAAAAAGGGCCUCCGAGUAGCUGGACAGUCAUUAAACAAACCCCAAUCCUUCCCUCUUCUGAUUUUAAGCUGUUUACAUCACCAGUGCCACGCCGAGCGCGUCUUGAGAAAAGAGAAAUGCCUAUAGCUGUCGAGCGUUAAAGGAUUAUACAUUUUUAGACGUAACCGUACAAGAGAAAGCGAGCGAAUGAAAUGCAUCACAUAGAAGCGAACCAAGUCAACGGCCGGAUAAAUCCAACCACGCUUUCUUUUCUCACAUUGCAGUUGUUGUGUGUAUUUUUUUUAAUGUAUCAAAGUAAAAAAAA